AUGGCUGAGCUAAUCCAGAAGAAGCUGCAGGGAGAAGUGGAGAUACAUCAACAGCUGCAGAAGGGCUUGAGUAAAUCCACGUCAAGGAGGCAGAAACUAGAGGCACAACUAACAGAGAACGAUAUCGCGAAGGAGGAACUGGCCCUGCUGGAUGGGUCCAACGUGGUGUUUAAACUUCUGGGGCCGGUGCUGGUCAAACAGGAGCUGGGGGAAGCUCGGGCCACAGUGGGGAAAAGGCUGCGCUACAUCACAGCUGAGAUUAAGCCGUAUGAAUCCCAGCUCCGGGACCUAGAGCGGCAGUCAGAGCAGAGACCUUGCUCGCGGCGGCAGGAGUUCCAGCGGGCGCAGGCGGCAAGGGCAGGGGCUCCUGGGAAGGCCUGA